AUGUCGGUUUCACCGUCCCGUACUUCUCUCAACGAGAAUCACAGAAGAAAUUCAGCAAAGACGAACGAGACCGACCAAGGCGCGAAAGCUCAAAGUGACCCGAUCACUCCCAAUGAGCUUCACGUGGUACAGAGCCAUAUAUCACAUCAUGACAUGCCUAUCAACAAUGAUGAUUUCCACGAGGUAGACGCGGAGCAGUACUUGUGUUUCUCUCCCGCUCGCAAGAGAAUCAUCGUCUUCAUUUUAUCGUUCUGCUCAUUCUUGGCACCAAUAUCUUCGACGUCAAUUCUGUCGGGUAUCCCCGAAGUGGCUGAUACUUUUCACACCUCGGGGAGUGUGAUUAACGCCAGCAAUGCGCUCUAUCUGGCUUUCAUGGGCAUCUCUGCCCCGUUUUGGGGCCCAUUCAGUCAAGUUUAUGGGCGACGACCAAUCUUUCUUGCGAGUGCUUUCCUCUUCUUCGCGUUUAGUAUUGGCACGGCCGCAGCACCGAACUUGCCGGCCUACUUUAUCUUCCGAGUCCUGACGGCCUUCCAAGGAACAUCUUUCCUCGUCGUAGGAAGUUCUGCAAUCGGCGAUGUCUACGAGCCUCGUGCGCGAGCCACGGCCUUGGGAUGGUUCCUGUCUGGUACCCUCAUCGGGCCGGCUUUCGGUCCAUUCAUUGGUGGCGUCAUCGUCACCUUUCGGUCGUGGCGGGUAGUCUUCUGGCUUCAAACCGCCCUCGGCGGAUGUGGCACGCUACUUGUCUUCUUUUUCUUCCCCGAAACAUACGGCCACCUGGACAAAACCAGUCUUGCGUCCAAGAGCUUCUCCGAGAAAGCAAAAUAUCUUUCUCAUCGGGUAAACCCAUUCCGAGUAGGCAUUCUCCUCUUUUCAUACCCGAAUCUCUUCUUCGCGGGUCUGGCUGCGGGCGCUCUAGUGUGGAACCAGUAUUCUCUCCUCACACCCAUUCGAUACGUUCUCAAUCCGCGCUUCAAUUUGACGAGCCCCAUUCAGUCCGGACUAUUCUACAUCGCCCCAGGAUGCGGCUAUCUCAUGGGCACCUUUGUAGGCGGCCGGUGGGCAGACCACGUGGUGAAGAAAUGGAUCCGCAAGCGCAGCGGAGCCCGAGUCCCCGAAGACCGUCUCAAAUCCUGUCUCCUAUUCAUCACUCUGCUGAUUCCAGGCUGCAUCCUUGUCUACGGAUGGACCGUGGAGAAAGCCGUCGGCGGGAUUCCAGUGCCCGUCCUCGUGAUGUUCCUCCAGGGCGUAGGCCAACUCUUCUGCUUCCCCAGUCUUAACACCUAUUGUCUGGAUGUGAUGCAGUCCACAGGUCGGAGUGCCGAGGUGGUGGCGGGCAACUAUAUGUUCAGGUAUGUCUUUGCGGCAUUGGGUUCGGGGACGGUCCUUCCUGCUGUGCAGGCGAUUGGAGUGGGAUGGUUCAGUACGAUUAGUGCUUGUUUCUUGGUCAUUUCGGGUCUUUGCGUUUGGGCGACGACGAUCUUUGGCUCGUCGUGGCGUGAGAAGGUCGAUGAGCGGAGUCGACGAAAGAAGGAAGCCAGGGUGGUAUCUGAGACUCCAGUAUAG